GUUUGUUUUGCGGGCAGGGGAGUCGCGGACGCGGGCGAGCAGAGGGACACACGCCGCAGUGGAGCUGUCCGCGCACCAGGUGGAGUUCCUCCGGUGAAGUCCCGGUUGCGGGGUCGCGCUCCCUUCCUCUCAGCGUCGCUCCAGCGGGUCUUUGAGAGAGUUACUGCACGAGCCCGACCAUGACUUCGGUGUGGAAGCGGCUCCAGCGGGCUGGAAAGAAAGCCUCCAAGUUCCAGUUUGCCGCCUCCUUUCAAGAGCUGACGAUAGAAUGCACACACAAAUGGCAACCAGACAAACUGAGAGUGUCGUGGAUCAGGAGGAGCCGACGUCACAGCACAAAGCUCCACAGCUGGCAGCCAGGGAUCAAAAACCCCUACAGAGGCCUGGUGCUCUGGCAGGUUCCAGAGAGUUUAGACAUCACCGUCACGCUCUUCAAGGAACCUACUGCAGAUGAGUUUGAGGACAAAGACUGGACUUUUGUCAUUGAAAAUGAGACAAAAGGGCGCAGGAAGGUGCUGGCAUCAGCAGAUGUCAACAUGAAGAAGUUUGCCAGCGCCACGCCGGCCCAGUACGACGUCACACUGAAGCUCAAACCGCUGUCCGUCAAAGUGGUGGAGGCGACGCUGAAGCUGAACCUGUCUUGUAUCUUUCUCAAAGAGGGCAAGGCCACGGAUGAGGACAUGCAGAGUCUGGCCAGUCUGUUGAGUAUGAAACAGAGUGACAUUGGAAACCUGGAUGACUUCAUUGACAGUGAUGAUGAAGGCGGUGAGGAGAGGAGGGCCAGCUUUGGACAAGCUACUCAUGUUACUGCUUCAUCCUCUUUGAAGCAGAAACCCCAGGGAGGGUCUGGAUUCGUUCCUUCCUGGAGAGCCCAGGGCACCCCUACAGUAGAGACCAUCUCACCUUCUCUUUUAAGUCCUUCUUCUGCUCUUGUGCUCUUUGGGCCUCCUCCUCCUCCUCCUCUUCCUCCUCCCUCUCAGCCUCAUAUAUCCCAAAGUGCCACAACCUUCCACAAUGACCAAGAUGCAGAAUUCAAAAGACAGUUAAGCACGCUGAGUGAAGAGGACAACCAGUGUACGACUUCCACAAACCCUGAUCCCAGAGCACCAGCCAGCCAGAGGCCAGAGGCUCCAGAGCGGGAAAGAGAUGCACGUUUUGGAACUGAGGUUGUGAAGGCAUCAACAGGACAUGAAAACAUGGUUUCACUACAUCCAUCAUGCCCAGUUGCUGGUGCAGCACAACUCCCAUCCCAAACCCAAAUAAAUAAUGCAGAGCAGCGGUUACAAACACAUCCAACAAACAGGACCAUAGUAUGGGAGGAGCUACCAAAGGCACCUACAGUAAAAUGUCCUAAGGACCAGACCAUACUAUGGGAGGAGCUACCAAAGGUGACUACAGAUGCAACUAGAAACGCAUUAGAAGAAGAAAUGGAAAAGACAAUAGAAAUGGUUAGUCUCUCUUCCACGAUGUUGGACACUGGUGAUGAAAUGAAGACAAAUACAGCAGCUGGGAUAUCAAAUCUAAUGCCAAUAUAUCAAACAGUUAGCGAUAUAUUUGAAUUCACUGCUGCUGCUCAACUAAAAGAUGAAUACCUACUGGACAGCAAGUAUACUUUGGAUACGCCAUCAGAGGAUAAUGACAUUGUGGAUAAAAUGUCUUCCCAACCUUGUGCACGAUAUGUGCCAUACUACGUGAAGCCUGAAAUGGAAUACAAACAGUUCACUUUCUUGGAUGUCUGUCCCAGUGUGACUAGCAUUGCUGGCAUGCCGUCCAGGUUGCCCAUAAAUAAAAAACACUGGCUUAGAGAUCAAAAGCCAAUAUGGGAGAAACAAUCAAAAAUUAAGGAGAUAAUGCAGCCAUACACAUUAAAGGAUGAAGAAAAGAACAAGAACCAAAUGGUUUUACUGUUACCCUCUUGCCCCAGAAAGGCUAUACAUCCAGGUUUUCCUUCUACACCACAAUGCAGUUUAGUUUUUUAUGGACCAAAUAUGGUAGAUAUUUAUCCCAGUUGUCCAAGUGUAUCCAGUAUACCUGGUGUCCCAUCUAUCAAUGAAGCUAACAACAGACCAUGGGUAUCUCAGCAGGCUCCACUUUUAGAAAACAAAGUAAAAACUGAAUUUGUUGUAAUGAGAGCAUCACCAAAAUACAAGGAUGAAAUUAAACUAAUGGUAGGUUUGGUACCAACUUGCCCAAGACAUUCUUGCAUACCAGGCAUCCCCUCAAUUACACAACCUACUUUAGCACAUCAUGGAUCAUAUAUGAUGAGCCUUCUAAGAUCUUGCCCCAAAACCUCUUCUAUUGAAGGUGUUCCAUCAUUAAUUGAACCACUGAGCAAAUGUUGGGCUACAGAUUACAAACCCUUAGGGGUAACACAGACAAAAAAAAACAUAGUUAUGAUUGAAGAGAAACCUCACAAUGAUAACAUGAGAGCCAUGACAGCUUUAGCCCCAGCAUGUCCAAAACAAGCAUGCGUCCCUGGAUUUCCAUCUGCCCUGGGACCUACAGUAAUCUAUAAUGGUUUUAUUAGGGUCAAUCUCCUUCCAUCUUGCCCAGCCACAUCAAGUAUUCCUGGUUUUCCUUCAAUGCAGAAAGAUGACAGCAAAGACUGGAACACUUUUCAUCAGCCAUUAUGGGAGAAGCAGAUGAAAAAGAAGUCUACAUUACUACUGGAAAACGAUCAAAUGAAAGAAGACAUGAAAGGAGCUGUGUCACUUGCACAAAGUUGCCCAAGAGAAUCGCUCAUCUCUGGCUUUCCCUCUGUCCCAAAACCAAGGAUAAAUAACGUUGACAUGAUAAAUAUGGUCAGUCUUUCAAGCUCAUGCUCAAAAGUGUCACAAAUUCCAGGAUUUCCGUCAUCUUGCACUUUAAAAGAAUGGACAGUGUGCAGGAAACCACUAUUUGAACCAAGAUUGAAAGAAAAGCUGCUGUCAUUGAUUGACAGAUGUGAAGGAGACAAGAGAGCAAUGAAAGCAAUGGUUUCUCUUGCACCAUCCUGUCCAAAAGAGGCACGGACACCAGGAUUUCCUUCUCAUCCAAAUCCCAAAAACAUUUAUUGUGCACCAAAUAUGAUCAGCCUUUUACCAUUGUGCUUGCAAGUUUCCAAAAUUCCUGGAUUCCAAUCAGUUGAUGGGGAUAUAAGUGUAGGAUGGGUAACAGAAAAAGGGUCAUUGCUGAAGAGCCUACCAAAGAAGAGGGUAAAAUUUGACACAUCAAAUAACAACAAAAAGAUAAUGAAGACUAUGGUUUCCUUUGUACCAUCCUGUCCUAAAGUAACAAGAAUCCCUGGUUUCCCUUCUAUUCCAAAUCCCCAAAUGGUGUAUUAUGGCCUAAAUGUAGUGAACCUCCUUCCUUUGUGCCCCCUAGUUUCUACCAUACCUGGAUUUCCAUCAGUCGAAGGGCACAAGGAAGAACGAUGGUGUGCUGAACUGGGUUCAUUGAUUCACAGACCACAAAAGAACAUUCCGUUUAGGAUAAACAGCUCACCAGUUAACAUAGAAAAACCAAACAACAUGCUUGCUUUGGUUCCGUCUUGCCCAAGCGCAUCAAAGAUUCCAGGCUUCCCAUCUGUACCCAAAUACAAUAUGCUGAGUCUUAUACCUGUUUGCUCCAAAGUAUCCAAUCUCCCAGGAUUUGCAUCCUUUGAAGGUUCCUCAAACUUCCAAUGGCUUUUUGAUCCACACACUUUGUGUGAUAAGCCAUCAAAGGAGAGAGUAUUGAUAAUGCACAGUCCAAAUCAAGACAAAGAAACUGUAAAGACAAUGUUGGCCUUAGUGCCAUCUUGUCCAGAAGCAUCGACAAUCCCUGGGUUCCCCUCUGCACCUCGAACCAAAUCCAAGAUUGAACCCAAUAUGAUAAGUUUUGUACAUUGCUGUUCCAGUGCGUCAAGUCUCAAAGGAUUUGCCUCCAUGACUACACUCCCAAAUACAGGGUCGCUGAAUGAAACAAAACCACUUUUGCUAAAGCCUCAGAAGAAAAGGGCAGAAAGAAUUUUCACACUUACUGAACAUGACCAGCUACCUUGCUACAGCACAACAGGCAUGGUGACAUUAGUUACAUCCUGCCCAAAAGAAGCCAGAGUACGUGGUUUUCCUUCUGCUCCAGUUGUAAACAGACCAUCAAACAUGGUCAGCUUAUACACGUCUGCUUCAUGUGUUUCAUGCAUCCCAGGUUUCCCAUCAGCAAGGAUGCUUAGCUCUGAAUGUAUAAAUAUACAAACUAGGACAACACACAGCGAGUCCUUGUCUGACAGGUUGCAGAAUGAGAAGAUUUGUGUCAUUGCAAAAUUCCCAGCCAAACAUGACCAAGAUGAAAUGAAGUACAUGGUAGCAAUGGCUCCAUCAUGUCCACAUUUAACUAAAAUCCCUGGGCUCCCUAGCAUUUCACAAUUGAAUUCAGCAGAGAAAGAAACUAUGAUCAUUCAAGUCCACUGUUCUACUGGGAAGUAUGCACCACAACAAUUGCCUCACGCACAGUCAACUCAGUCAUAUCACAAAGACCCAAGAAUGUCUGGUGUUCCCUCCACAUCUCUUAGCCUCCCCAGCACAGCACUUGCACAUGAGGAGAAAUUCAAAGAUGGUGCGAAGCAAAACAUAGACCUUUGUGUAGAAAAUGGCCAAUCACAAUUAGAGAGGACAGUAGCAGAGGUAGACCAGACAAAAGGGAAGAAACCAUUGGACACAUCAGAGCCACCAGGAGUUUUGGGUUGGGAAGUAUUGGAAGCAGAGGAAACGAUUACAGAAAAACCAGCAAAGUCCUCUUUGUCAGCAAAAGAGGUAGAGGAGUCAGGAUUAGUAAAGGCUAUUGCGGGUGUUUUCCACAAAGGUUAUGAAACAGUAGCAUCCAUUUUGGGGCCGUCCAGCUCUACUUUAGCUGAAGCGGAGCACCAACCCAUGGCUGCCUCUUCUAUGGAUCUGAAAGACAAGACACUGGCCCCUACAGAUGAGUUUUCAACACAUUUCUCUGGCAACACUGCCAUCAUGCAGAAGAUAGAGGGCCAGUCUGAAGACAUUUACACCAAACAUAACAUUGAAUAUCCAGCAAGUGCUGAGCCUUACAUGUUGGACUUGGAAGGUGAUCGAUCAGCGUCUCCAUCACCAACUACCGACAAUGAUGACAGGUUUUUGGUUUGUGCAAGCAUAAAAAAAUGGCCACCACUGACAGAGGCAGAUAUCACUGAAAUAUCAAAGGAGGCGGAUAGUGAACAAGCUGAGGAACAAGUGGCCUUUCUUGAUCAAUGGCAUACAAAGGAAAGAUCACUCACAGGGCAGGACUCACAUUGUACAGUGUAUAUUGAAAGCUUGUUAGCAAGGCAACAGACGGAGACAGAACAGGAUGAGGUUAGAACCGUGUCAACUUCAUCACAGCUGGAUAAAGGCCCCCAACAAACAAACACGGAAGGAAUUUCUGCCACUUCCCUGCAGCCUGGAUCAAAUGAGUCACUGACAGAUUCCAAAGUUCACAUAGAGAAACUCAUGGACAAACCCUCAUAUAUUCAGGACAUUAGUCCUGUUGGACCACAAGCUGGCAUUGCUGUCCGAGGCAGAAAGCCCAAUAGAAAAGUUCCAGAACUUCAACAGAAAAGGUUUGAUCAGGAAAAAGACACUAUUCCAUCACAACCACUCAGAAGGAAGGAUAGUUUAACUCCAGAACGCAAACAAAAAUCUGAUGUUGCAUCGGUCACUCUCCUCCCUGAGGUUGUUCCAAUCCUAUCUCUAGGGAAAUAUCCUUCUGGUGAGAUACAACCUGCCACUGCUCCAUCUUGCCGGAUAAAGAAAAGAGCCAGGAGCAUUACUUGUGUACCUCAGAAUGGCCAUGCUCAAGAAAGUGUUAGUGCUCAAGUAACUUCAUACUCAAGUGACUAUAGACAGAAAGGAGAAGUUGAAUCUGUGCAAAUAUCCAUGGAUGUUGUUGCGCCUCCUCGUGUGAAAAGAAGAGAUGGUAGUUUGCCACCUGAAACUUCACAGAAAACUACCCCUUUCAAGCCUCUGAGGAGAAAAGACAGUGUGACGAGAGAGACAUUUGUUUCAAAAACUAAUGACCAACAGGAUAUGAAAGCCCAAGUCAGCUCUGUUUUGAAAACUACAAAUCCUGUUCCUCCUCAACCAUGUAAGAGAAGCUAUGGUGUCUCAGGUGCUCUUGAACCUUUACAGAGCAUCGAUAAACCUGAUCAAACAGCCACUAAAAGAAUCCCUUCACAAUCAGUAGGAAGAAAAGACAAAACAAUCAAACAACGCUCUCACGAAACAGAUUUUGUCGGGAGUGCUACUCUACAGGCAGACACAGAACUGGUCUGCUCAAAGCAAACGGAGCAAACCUCUCGUACUUUGGAAUGGCUUAAGAAAGACAUUAAUACAUCUGUCCAGGCCUCUUCUCAUGGAAUUCCUCCCUCAGAAACAAAGGAAAUUGAAAGCAUUACCCCAAAUCCUGAACCAGAGAUGUUUCAUGUUGAGCAAACUGCUUCUCUCUCAAUCAUCAAGAAGAUACGUCUUCCACAACGUGGCAGGAAAUUGCCCUUAAGCAAAUCUUGCAAAAUCGACAGUAACAAAGAGUCUGUAAAACCCUCCCAGAUGGAAAACACUGUUACGGAAGAAAUAAAACAGUCAAAUGCUGCUCGUGACACAUCUGUUGUUACCAUUCACAUCACGUCUUCCCAGAAAACAGAAGAUUCAUUAGAGAUAGCAGAAGUAGAGAAGGACAAACAAACAACUCUUUGUAUGCCUGUGCCGUGUGUGAGGAAACAUCUAAGUGGUUCCUUCCCCUAUGAUGUUACAGCCAUGGCGAGCACAUCUAAGCCUUCUAAUAGAGAAGAGGCGCUGGCAGCAAAGCAAGAUGAUCAAGAUAAAGAAUUGCCAAAAGUGCAAGACAGCAAAAGCUUUCCCCCUCGUCCUUUGGGUGAUCAACAUUAUUCAUCGACAGAAUUAGUGACUGCCAUAAAGUUGAGGAGAAAUAGAUUGACCAUUGAGGCCAGGGUUCAAGUAGAGGACGGUGAUAUUUCAGAGAAAACACCAGGUGCUUCAAGCUUACCUGUACCAAAACCAAGAGUAAAGAAACGUCUCAGUGGUUCAUUCCCAGAUGGUACUACAAUUUCUGACUCACCAGCUCCCCGCCUGCCGGACCCAGUAACUAGCACCACUGGUGAUGAAUCAGUCCAACAGAAUGAGCAGUCAAGCUUCCCAGUUCCAUUGCCACGGGCCAAGAAAUGUCUCAGUGCCACUUAUUCAGACAACACACCACUUGCAGAUGAUGUAUUCCCUCUUGAAAUGGAAUUAUCUCAGAGAACCCCAGAGGAAACAUCUGCUACUGGCAAAGAAACUAAGGAAGGCUCAACAUCGCUGGAUUCAAGUGUGAUCUCUGAAGGAGGUUUCGUCACAAUCCAAGGAGAAGAUGAUGGUUCAUCGGUGUUGGAACGUGAAGUGCUAGAAGCAAUGGGAGAAGAAGAAUUUCCUCAGGAAGACGCUGUAGAAGAUACUGAGAAGGGACUAGAUGAAAUCAUUGAAGGCUGGACCUUUACAGAAAAACCUGUUGUAACAGAGGAUUUAGAGAAGGCUGCAGAGUGUGUGUCUGAGCAAACUGACAUUGAACAAGUCCUGGGAGAAGAGAUUGAUAGGUCCCUUGCUUCCACUGUUGCCUCUUCUCAGGAUGACUGGCUACAUGUAGAGGAUAAUAAAGACAGUGAACCAAUGGAAAUAAAGUCAAGGAAGGAAAUGAGGGACGAAGAGUUGGACUUUGGCUUUGUAUCUGUAGAUGUAGAUGCUGGUUGUUUAGAAGAAGAAAGAGAGAAGUCACACGUUUCUUGCCUCCACCAAGCCAAUGAACCAACAACACCUCAGAAAAGACCUGCAGAUGGGGUGGUCUCUCCAGAAGGAUUUUCGCCCACUCCCAGCUUAGUGACAUCUAGUCAGUCUCUACUGGACUGGUGUCAGAAAGCCACGCAGGGUCACAAGGGAGUGAAGAUCAAUAACUUCAGCACCUCCUGGAGGAACGGCCUUGCCUUUUGUGCUAUUUUACAUCACUUCCAACCAGAAAAGAUUAAUUAUGAAAUGCUGGACCCGUAUGACAUCAAGCACAACAACAAGAAGGCCUUUGACGGCUUUGCCAAACUUGGCAUUUCCAGGCUGAUGGAGCCUUCAGACAUGGUCAUGCUAGCAGUACCUGACCGCCUCAUUGUCAUGACCUAUCUCAACCAGAUCCGCACACAUUUCACGGGCCAGGAGCUCAGUGUGCUCCACAUAGCGAGGGAUAGCAGUGAGUCUAGCUAUGCAGUAGCAGAGGACCGGGAGAGCCAAGAGGACCCCGAGGCGACUGUUCGCUACUGUGCCCAGAGGCUGCAGGAGGAGGGUAUAAGUCUAGACACCAACGGGACUGCAGGCACUGCAGAGUCAGCAGACAGUAAAACCAGGGAUGUCGUACCACCUCCCAGAGCCAAACGGCUGCAGGUUGCUGGGGCUCAGCCACCAGUGGCACCGCCAAGGACUCACUUCCUGUCCAAAACUGGUUUCUCUCAUGUCAAAGAUGCAGAUCUGGUCAAGAAGCGGAGGUCACAGCGGAGGAGUGGGUCAUUAGAAGAAGGAGAAAUAUCGGUGGUUGUUGCAGGCCAAGAAGACAGUGUGAUUACUCGGAGGAAGUCAGACACUGAGAGAACAGACGCUGAAGUCGAGGAGGGAAGACCAGAGGGCCAAGACCCCAGCCAGUAUGUGCUGAGUCAGAUAGAAGCCCUGGAAGCGGAACAAAGUCAUAUUGAUAACAGAGCAGGUGUGGUAGAGAGGAAACUCCGACAACUACUGGAAACAGGCAGUGACAAGGUGGAGGAGGAGAGGUUGAUUCAGGAAUGGUUCAUGCUGGUCAACAAGAAGAAUGCUUUAAUCAGGAGGCAGGACCAUCUGCAGCUACUGCUGGAGGAACAAGACUUGGAAAGAAAAUUUGAGCUGUUGAACAAAGAGCUGAGGGACAUGAUGGCAAUUGAAGAGGGGCAGAAGACUCAGGCCCAUAAACGCAGAGAGCAUCUGCUGCUUCAGGAGCUGGUUUCACUGGUCAACCAGAGGGACGAACUGGUCCACAACAUGGACGCCAAAGAGAAAGGAGCUCUGGAGGAGGACGAGCGUCUGGAGCGAGGCCUGGAGCAGCGGAGGAGGAAGUACGCCAAGCAGCAGAAGGAGAAGUGCGUGAUGCAGUGAUUCUGUGAACCACAAAAGCCGGCUCACCUACCUGACAGGAAGUGUGUGGGAAGACCAGUUUGUUCCUCUUUUCACCUGCAGCCAGACUGAUGAGGACCCUCAGCCGUAGCGGGGCGGUCCUUCUGAACCAUUAGGAGGCGGAUGUAUUUCCAAGGGAGGUGGGCCACAAACAGAACGAGGCUCUGAGAAAUCAACUUUUUGUUUUUGGUUUGUUUUCCCCUUUUUGGGGCGUUUUGGCUCCAUUUUAUGACCGGAGAUCAAAGUUGGCUGUAAAUGUCAUUUUCCACAAAUCAAUGCGUUGUCCAUAAACUAAACCCUACAGGAGGUUCAGCACCCAUUGAGCAGAAGAGGCAGCAGGGCCUCAGAGAGAGAGAGCUCCUUGCACGUUUGGACUGUUUGCUUUGCAGUUUCUGUGCAGUGUGUGUGUUUGUUUUUUUGUGACUUGUUACGGACAGAAUUGAUUAAAAGUGUAUGAGACCUGGAGAUGUUUGGUACAGAUAUGAGCUGCCAAAAGUAGUUCCAACCAUGUUGGGAUUAGACCUUCUGAUAACCGCGGUCUAGUGGCAGUUCAUUCAUAGUCACAGGGAUUCACUGUUUCAUGGUCAGCGUUAGUCGUGGCAGGGGGAGGAGUCUCAGUUUAGGUUUAAAACAGACUUGGGUUAGGGUUAAGGAAAGACUUUGGGAUAAAAACAAAAUCUUUUUGGUGCCUUCUCUCCUCUUCGGCCGAGCUGUGACGCCACAACUCGACUCAAAACUAUCCAGGUGAGAGGAAACACCUGUAGUUUUUAUUUCGGGGUGAACUGUCCCUUUAAGGUUACGGAACAACCAAUAACGGUACAGCCCCAGAGGAAACUCCACCGUUUGAACACAUAGUUGCCUCACUGAAGGAUGUGCUGCAUUGUUUUCACCCCGUGGUGAUUCCAUUGGAACGUCCUGCUCUUGUGUUGGGAUACGUUUGCUGUUACAGAAGCUGUUUGGAGACGAGAAGCAGCCAGAGUUUGGUGUUUGAGAUGUUGGAAUGUUUACAUCAUACUGUUUCAUGGGAUAAAUACGAGGAAAGCAGCCAUUUUUAAAUAACUUAUUGGGCAAAUUCAAAGUUUUACUAUUUAUUCAAGUCGUCAACUGGAGAAGUAGCCACGCAGAUGUUUGAACCAAAGCAUUUGUCUACCGCAGAGAAUGUUCACACAGCACAGUAGCAUUUAUCCUCUGUAAAUUAUGACAGUAACAUAGGAAUAUUUAUACAUUUAGGAUUUUCUAUUGAGAGAAUGUCUGAUGAGGUUUAAGGUGUCUAAACACAUUAAAUGACUCCUGUCUUUUAUUUUGAAAAUACUGUUUCAUUACGCAAAUGUUUUGAUCCUGAAAUGAAAGGUGAAGAUGUGAACGUUUCUUCAUUCUCAACGCCAAAUCUUUGCCAGCGUGAUAUUAACUUUAGCUUGAAGUGAAUUAAGGGAAACUUCCUCCAUGUUUUUUUACUGAGAAGUGAUUUCACUUCAGUGCAAGGCCGUUCUGUAAUGUAAUGCUGAAACGUUUCCUGUCAGAAGUAUUGCUGUUUUUAUUUGUGGUUUUAAUGUUACAUUUGCACUAUUUGUAAAGUUUGGAAAAUACAAAAGAUUUGACCGCC